AAAAGUUUAUAUUUCAAACUGUUUAUAAACCGAAAAUAAUGACAACAAAUUUUAGUAGUUAAAUCGCAUUUAUAUUGGCAAAUCUGUAGUGCAAAAUUAAACCGAAAAUAAUGACAACAAAUUUUAGCAGUAAAAUCAAAUUUAUAUUGACAAAUCUGUAGUGCAAAAUUACAAUAAUGUAAUAUAAUUGAUAAAACAAAAAUCACCAAACAUUGCUAUCAUAGUGAAAAAUUAAAUGCAGCGUGGUUAUGAGAAUUACCCAAAAUCGCGGGAAACGCGUCUCGUUCCUGUUCACAGAUCCGUGAGGUUCAGUUACAUUUACAGUUUUUUAAUAUUAAUACGAUUAAAUGAUUAAUGUGACAAAAACUAUGUUUACAUGAGAAGCUCAGACAGAAUAGAAUACCACUACCGCAUAACAGACAAUGAUGCGUGUCGUUUUUCUAUGAUAUAAAGUAACCCUUGAAAAUCAGCCAUCGCAGCUAUUUUCAGCGAUAAUGGAAAUUGUUUUCAAUGAGUGAGCUCUUUAUAUACAAGUUCUUAAGUUUAUAUCUUUCUCACUGUUGAAUAAGUGUUUAAGGAUUUUUAAUAUCGAAUCCAUUGUCCAUCCUGAGUAGCGAAAAUGUUGAAUUAGUCAGGAAGCUAUGAACUCUAUCAACAGAGUGAAUAGUAAGGUGGACGUAAUUACUGAAUCAAGAUUUGGCGACUGCGGCAGUAAUUUGGACGUGACGAAAAGCAAUUGCGAAGAUGAUAAAAAGGACUUUAAUAUCGAAUCUAGUACGAUUUCAUCAGGUAGAAGUCGUUAUGGUAGAACAAUAAAGCCUAAAUCCCCCAAAAAUGAGGUUGCUGAUUCUCCAAAGAGUUCUAAGAUGUCGAAGGCUCGAAAAUAUCAGAAUAUGUCUGAUAGCAGUAAUGAAAGCAUGGACGAAAAUAAUGCAACUAAUGAUAUGGACGACACAAGUGAUUCGUCCAUUAGUUUAAGUACCAUGGAUGAAGCUGCUCCAAAAAUAAUUGGUACACCGAUACAGUGCAAUUGGAUAUUAGGUCAAUUAGCAUGGGCUCGUGUUGGUAAUUUUCCGUUUUGGCCUUGUGUGAUAACAUUAGAUCCAAUUUUAAUGACUUAUCAUAGACUGAAAGCUACUGCCAAAUCCCAGAUUUUGAUGAUUCAUGUUCGAUAUUUUGGUGAUAAAGGGCGCCACAGUUGGGUUUCCUCAAAUUCGAUGAUACCAUUCACUAAUUUUGCUGAUUUUAAAAAACUGUCGGAAUCAAUAACUGCAGAAGUUAAGAAGAGGGAUGCAAGGUAUGCUGCUGCAUUUAUUGUAAAACCUGGAAUUAAAUCUAAAUGGGAAAGCGCAAUAGAAGAAGCUAUGGAAGUUCAACCAAUGAGCAAUGAAAACAGGGCUAAUAUUUUUAAACCAAAGGAGAACAAUACAAAAAGUAGGUCGCCGAAAUCAAGUGCAUCGGAUGAGAAAGAUAAAACUAACAAAAGAAAGUAUUCACAUGACUCCAGUGAACUCGACGUUAAACGCGUUAAGCAGGAAACUGCAUACGAAUUAGAAAAGGCACAAUACAAAACAGAUGGAAUGACAUCUAAAGCACAGAAGUUCGCAGAGAAUGGUAAAAGUAAUUCGAGACUUAAUUCUGAUACACCCCCAAUGUCUCCUUUGAGUCAACGAGAUUCCAAUGACGAAGUUUCCAUUGCACAGAAAGUGGAAUUUAAGCCCGAAGAGGAUGUGGAUGGUGUAUUCGAAGUUUACUAUGAACGAAAUAGAGAUAUGUUGGAAGAUGAAUAUCCAGAUGCAUCGGAACAAGAUAUAAAAAGAUACUUGAAGAAAACUUGGAAUUCAAUGAAUGCUUCUUUCCGUAAAAAGUAUCGGUCGUAUGUAACAUCAGAGAGUUCUAAUGCCCAAGUUAAAGACAAUUUGUCUGAUCAAGAAGAUUUGUCGAUAGACAUGGAAUUGAAUACAAAGGACACUAGAAAGUCUAGAAUCAAAGUUGAGAAAGAGGAGAUGAUUGUUUCAGAAACUAAAAAGAGUAGGCCAUACAAUAUCUUUAAAGGAAUGAAACAAGAAAAGGUUUGUCAGAUAUGUGAAAAAACUGGAAAAUUGACCAGAUGUAAAGGACCUUGUUAUUCAUAUUUCCAUUUAUCUUGUGUAAAACCUGGCGAAUCCAGUCCAGAGCAUUCCAUCGAUGAAAGUACAAUGGACGAUAAAAUCCUCGACGAUAUAAAAGAAAUUAGACGGAGCAAUGUAGACGAGGAUGAAAAUGGCGGUAAAAAUGAUGAGCAAGAAGAUGAACUAUUUAAAUGCAUAGAUUGUUUGUCGGGUGUAGCACCUGCUUGUUUUAUAUGUAACGAAAGAGAAGGUGACAGAAUAAGGUGCACUGUUAUAGCCUGUGGAAAGCAUUAUCACUCGUCUUGUUUAAAAUCAUGGCCACAGUCUCAUUGGCAAGGAGGCCGAUUAACUUGUCCGUAUCAUGUGUGCCACACGUGCAGUUCGGAUAAUCCUCAAGAUAGUCAUUCAAGAACUCCAAACGAGAAAUUAGCACGAUGUGUGCGGUGUCCUUCAUCUUAUCAUACAUCUACAUCUUGUUUACCUGCUGGUUCAAUCAUUUUAACCGGCAGCCAAAUAGUGUGUCCAAAACAUUAUCAAGCACCCCAUCCACCAGUAAAUGCAGCAUGGUGCUUUUUAUGUACAAGGGGUGGAAGUCUUAUCUGUUGCGAUACGUGUCCAACUUCGUUUCAUCUUGAGUGUCUAGGAAUAGAUGCACCGGAUGGUGCAUUUAUCUGUGAAGAUUGUGAGACAGGCAGACUGCCUUUAUAUGGGGAAGUUGUUUGGGUUAAACUCGGUAAUUAUCGCUGGUGGCCAUCCCGCAUUUGUUAUCCACAUGAAAUUCCUGAAAAUAUAGAAGCUAUACCCCACAGCCCUGGUAAAUUUUGUGUGAUGUUCUUAGGAUCAAAUAAUUAUUAUUGGGUACAUAGGGGGCGAGCUUUUCUUUAUCAAGAUGGCGACGCAAACAUAAAACCACCAAUCGGAAAAAAGAAUAAUAGAGACGAUACAUACCGGAAAGCAUUAGAGGAAGCUAAUGAUAUCCACCAGCGUUUGAAAAUUGAAAGAGCUGCUGCUAAAGACCAUGGCCCCCGAGGAUUAAAACCUCCGCAUUACGUUAAAUUAAAAGUAAAUAAACCAGUUGGCAAUGUAAAACCGACAGAAGUCGAAAGCAUCGUCGCUUGCGAUUGUGACGCGGAGUGGGAAAAUCCGUGUGCACCUGGAACAGAUUGUUUAAAUCGAAUAUUAUUAGUUGAAUGUAGUCCUGGCAUAUGUCCGGCUGGUCCAAAAUGUAACAAUCAGGCAUUUGCUAGAAGACAAUAUCCCGCUAUGGAACCGUUUCAUACUGCUGCCCGGGGAUGGGGUCUUAGAAGUUUAGAACACAUUAAAGCGGGACAAUUUGUCAUUGAGUACGUAGGUGAAGUUAUAGACGAAGCUGAGUACAAACGAAGACUACAUAGAAAAAAGGAAUUAAAGAACGAGAAUUUUUAUUUUUUAACCAUAGAUAAUAAUAGAAUGAUAGAUGCUGAGCCAAAAGGGAAUUUAAGUCGAUUUAUGAAUCAUUCAUGUUCGCCAAAUUGCGAGACUCAGAAGUGGACGGUGAAUGGAGAUACCCGUAUAGGUCUGUUUGCGUUAUGCGAUAUAGAACACGGUGAAGAAUUAACUUUUAAUUAUAAUUUAGCGUGCGAUGGAGAAACUCGAAAGCCCUGUUUGUGCGGUGCAUCGAAUUGUAGUGGAUUUAUAGGUUUGAAAGUACAAAAAUCGCAAGCAACAACGCUGUCGAUGCAACAAAAGAAAUUUGAGAAAGUGGAUAAAAUGAAACGUCAGAAGAGGACGAGAAAACACUUGGCAUGUUGGAGCUGUGGACAAGAAAUUGAGAAGUUAGAAGAUUUCGUGGUCUGUGACCAGAAAACAUGUGGCAAGAAAUAUCACCAAACUUGUGUGGACAUCGACGACGUGGAUUCCAGAUUUAGUUGUCCUUGGCAUCAUUGUGCAGAAUGUGGACGUAGAACGUCCGCGCAUUGCUCCUUCUGCAGUGCUGCCUUUUGUCAAGUGCAUUUAGAAGGAAAUUUGUCCGACUGUGACGAAAAGAGUGGUUUCGUUUGCAAGCUACAUGAAAACAUGGAAAUGCAGAAAUCAUCGUUAGAGGACGAGAAAGAUUAUUCGGAUAAUGACACCGAAACGGACAGAGAAUAUUCUUCUACAGGCUCCAGUAGUCCACUCGUGACAUUGGAGAAAGCUGUGCCGCGGGAGCCAUCGCCAAGAGUUUCCAUAGUAGAGGUUCAUCCCAGCAGCGAAGAAAGUGAAGAGUCUCAAAAGGAGGAUGACGAAGAGAUCAUGCAACCUAUCGACUUUAUACCGUGUGAUUACGGUUCGAAAAGUAUGAAAAGAAAAACAUUGCAUCGAUUGUCUCUGAGUCUGAGAAAAGAAGGGAAUCAGGUAGAGGAGUUAAAUAAUCUUACCUCUAGUCAACUGGAAGCCAUAAUCGGUGGUAGUUUAUUCGAAUGAAUCAUUUCUUUUCACCAGAUAGAUUUUGAAUAGUAAAGUGUGUACUGUAAAUCAUUUAUAGCUUCCAUGAAAGUCACAGUGCAAAACAUCAUGAGAUAAUAUUAUAUACGCAAUGACAUCCAUUCCAUGUCAAAUAGGCCGGUUAAAUAAUAAUACUAUUCAGAAAACAA